UGAGCUGGAACUCCGAGGGACUGGCCAGAACCUGAGCUAAGAGCCUGCUGGUGGGAGUGUGGCCGCAACCCCUUGUGCUGUGACCGCUCUGAGCUGUUGGAUGUCACAGGCAGAGCAGGGGGCUGCCUGGCUGGGAGGCUCUGAGAAGACCCUUGCACGUGAGGGAGACCCCAGUUAUCUCAUCGGACCUGUCAGCUGAGCCCUGCCCCCUCUCCUGGACACCUCCCACAGUGGAGCUCAGGGUGCCCAUCCCGGAACAAGAGAGCCAUGAAGAAGCGGUAUGCAGCGCUGGGCCUGGUGGCCAUCGUCCUGGUGGCCCUCAUCGUGGUCCUCUGCCUCUGUCUGCCCUCAUCCCCCCAGCACCCCGAUCACGUGUACCCCCGAGCGGCUGUGGCUACAGACGCCAAGCGCUGCUCAGAGAUUGGGAGGGAUGCACUGCGGGACGGUGGCUCGGCAGUGGAUGCGGCCAUUGCGGCUCUGCUGUGUGUGGGGCUCAUGAAUGCCCACAGCAUGGGCAUCGGGGGCGGCCUUUUCUUCACCAUCUAUAACAGUACCACCCGGAAAGCAGAGAUCAUCAACGCCCGGGAGGUGGCCCCUGCGCUGGCCACCACCACCAUGUUCAACAGUUCGGAGCAAUCAAAGGAAGGUAUGGGGGUGGGCGUGGGGCUGGGCCGGAUGCUGCGCCUCACCCAGAGGGGGAAAAUGGACCAUGCUGGGGCCUCGAUUUCCCGCAUGGUGAGGGUCUCACCUGAGUGCCCUCUGCCCAGUGAGGUGUUUUGCCAGAACGGGAAGGUGCUGCAGGAGGGGGAGCUGUUGACCAUGCCAAAGCUGGCAGACACCUACGAGACGCUGGCCCGCGAGGGCGCACAGGCUUUCUAUAAUGGGAGCCUCACCGCCCAGAUCGUCCGGGACGUCCAGGCUGCUGGGGGCAUCCUGACGGCAGAGGACCUGCACAGAUACCGAGCCGAGCUGAUUGAGCACCCUCUGAAUGUCAGCCUCGGGGACUGGGUGCUCUACAUGCCCAAUGCCCCCCUCAGCGGGCCUGUGCUGGCCCUCAUCCUCCACAUCCUGCAGGGGUACAACUUCUCCCGGGCCAGUGUGGAGACCCCUGAGGGGAGGGGCUUGACGUACCACCGCAUCGUGGAGGCCUUCCGAUUUGCCUAUGCCAAGAGGACCCUGCUUGGGGACCCCAAGUUCGUCAAUGUCACUGAGGUGGUCCGAAACUUGACCUCCGAGUUCUUCGCUGACCAGCUCCGGGCGCGCAUCUCAGAUGACACCACACACCCCGUGUCCUACUAUGAGCCUGAGUUCUACACGCCCAAUGAUGGGGGCACGGCGCACCUGUCCGUGGUCUCAGAGGAUGGCAGCGCCGUGUCAGCCACCAGUACCAUCAACCUCUACUUCGGCUCCAAGAUCCGCUCGAGGACCAGCGGGAUACUAUUCAACGACGAGAUGGACGACUUCAGCUCCCCCAGCAUCACCAACGACUUCGGGGUGCCCCCCUCCCCCGCCAACUUCAUCAAGCCAGGGAAGCAGCCGCUCUCGUCCAUGUGUCCGACCAUCGUCGUGGGAAGGGACGGCCGGGUCCACAUGGUGGUGGGUGCCUCCGGGGGCACGCAGAUCACCACAGCCACGGCGCUGGCCAUCAUUCACCACCUGUGGUUCGGCUAUGACGUGAAACGCGCCGUGGAGGAACCCAGGCUGCAUAACCAGCUCUUGCCCGCCACCACCACGCUGGAGAGGGACAUGGACCAGGCGGUGAUAUCGGCCCUGGCGAGCCGCCAUCACCAAACCGAGUUCACGUCCACCUUCAUCGCCGUGGUGCAGGCUGUCGUGCGGACGGCCAGCGGCUGGGCGGCUGCGUCCGACUCGCGGAAAGGCGGGGAGCCUGCGGGAUACUGAUGCGCGGGCGGCCACGCUGACCGGUGACCCAGGGACGGAUGCCCUCUGGGGCCAGGAGCUGGACUUUGGGGGCCUGCGUGGCCCCCCGGAAUGGCCAAGCUGGGCAAUAAACAGAAUUGUGGCGCCAGGCAGGCUGGUGA